AUGAAAGACGAACACGUUCAAACGAUUGCUAUGUGCUGUCCGAAACUGGAAUCAUUCUGCCUCAACGGCUGCAAGAAUAUUUAUGGCACAACAUUCGAGGAACUACUGCGACGAUGCAACAAGCUGACGACAUUGUUGCUACGCUACACGCCCAUACGUGACAACUGCUUCGACACGGGACUGUGGGCGCAGACCAAUCUUGAGGAGAUCGAUAUUUCCGCGUGUACACAUCUCACUCGCACAGGUAAAUGUAUUGCAGCCAGUGAGCUCUAUAUAUACUGGAGUAAGAACUUCAGUCCUUCGGCCUAUGAAAAAAGUGAAGCCAAAAGAUAGCGGCCGUUGACGUCCAAUACCUCUGAAGGUUGUAAACAGUACCAGUUUUAAUACCAUUUUUCCCCAGCUAAUUCCAUUUUCCAACAGACAACUGUAGUAUCGCUAAUCAAGUUAUCAGGUCAUAAAACCAUUAUUGAUAGUAUUAGUAUUCUUGACAGUGUGGCCAAUUUUCGUAUUUUCACUUCGAUCCUUGCAGACCGCGCAGAAAAAAAAAACAAUAAAAGCGACUGAAACCGACGUCCAAUAUAGCUUCAUCCUUGGCUUCACUUUUUGGCCCCAAAUUCUCGCUCCAGAUAUGAAGCUUGUGCAGUUGACGCAAGUUAUGAGUGCCCAGGGCCGUCGCUAUCAGGGGUGACACUGUGUGUGUGAUUCUUGUUUCGGAGACAAGUCUCCUUCCUAGUUUUUCACUUUCAGGAAACUUGGCCAGGAAACAAUGUUUUCUCAACAAUAUUCCCUAACAAACAUUAAUUCAGUUGUUAAAGAUGCAUCUUUAAUUUCGUUAAUCCAGGUUUGAUUCGGCUCCUGACGCAGAUCAAGACAUUUCGCUAUCUCAAUCUAUCUUAUUGCGGAAUCGGGCGCGCAGUUACGGACAGCGUUUUAAUAGCGAUGACAAGCUACGGUUCCAGCGCCAACCUCGAAAUGUUGGACAUUCGUUGGAGUAUGAACAUUACACCACAAGUUCUGCGAGAAUUUCUAAAAAGCUGCCCGAACCUCAAAUGCCUUGGAAUCUAUCAAAGCUCGCAUAUCAAUUGUUGCGCGAUGGCAGAACUUUUGGACUGCGUCCCGAAACUAGAAAUUUUAGAAUUUGGUGCGUUUGGUAAAGCUUCAAUUUCGGAAAGCUUUUUGUUCCCAAAUCUAGUUCGGCAUUGCCCGGAGCUGAAGGCUUUGUCGCUUAUAAAUUUUCUAUCUUUGAAUCCAUAUACCGACGGCCAACUUUUCGGGCGGCUGUUGAGCGGGUGUACGAGACUCGAGAGAAUUAACCUAUGUGAGCCCGACCCGACUCUGACGUCACUCAUCGGAAGUAUUCGCGUCACGACGAAGGCGAAGAUUACGCAACGAUGGCAAUGUGUGUUACCUGCGCCCGAUGUCACACUGGAUGCGGUUAUGAAUCAGUUCAAUUACCUGUUGUGA